AUGCCCCUGACUGCCAGUGCCAUGGACUUUUUUCAACUCUUUGUCCCUGACAAUGUACUAAAGAAUAUGGUGGUCCAAACCAACAUGUAUGCCAAGAAGUACCAGGAGAGGUUUGGUAGUGACGAUGCCUGGAUUGAUGUCACCUUGACGGAAAUGAAGGCCUUCUUAGGCUACAUGAUAUCAACCAGCAUCCACCACUGUGAGUCCGUUCUCAGCAUCUGGAGCAGCGGCUUCUACAGCAACAAGAGCAUUGCACUUAUCAUGACACAAUCACGGUUUGAGAAGAUCCUGAAGUACUUCCACAUUGUGGCCUUCCGCUCAAGCCAGACAACACAUGGCCUCUACAAAAUCCAGCCUUUUCUGGACUCUCUGCAGAAUGGCUUUGACUCAGCUUUUAGACCUUCGCAAGCCCAGGUACUACAUGAGCCCCUGAUUGACGAGGAUCCUGUUUUCAUUGCCACGUGCACGGAGAGGGAGCUGCGCAAGAGGAAAAAGAGGAAAUUCAGUCUCUGGGUUCGGCAGUGCUCAUCCACUGGCUUCAUCUGCCAGAUUUAUGUCCAUCUCAAAGAAGGGAGUGGUGCUGAUGGGCUGGAUGCUUUGAAGAACAAACCGCAGCUUCACAGUAUGGUGGCCAAAAGCCUUUGUCAGAACGCCUCUGGGAAGAACUACAUCAUCUUCACUGGCCCGAGCAUUACCAGCCUGAAUCUCUUCGAAGAAUUUGAGAAGCAAGAGAUCUACUGCUGUGGGUUGCUGAGUGCCAGGAAGAGUGACUGCACAGGCCUACCUCCAUCCAUGCUGAACAACCCUGAAACUCCCCAGUCCAGAGGACAGUACAGAAUAAGAAUGAAGGGAAACAUGUCCUUGAUCUGCUGGUACAAUAAAGGGCACUUUCGUUUUCUGACCAACGCCUAUUCACCGCUUCAACAAGGAGUUAUAAUUAAGAGAAAAAGUGGAGAAAUUCCAUGCCCAUUGGCGGUUGAAGCAUUUGCGGCUCACCUUAGCUAUAUCUGCAAAUAUGAUGACAAAUACAGCAAGUAUUUCAUUUCUCACAAACCAAACAAGACCUGGCAACAAGUAUUCUGGUUUGCCAUCAGCAUCGCUAUAAACAAUGCCUACAUCCUCUACAAAAUGUCAGAGGCCUACCAUGUGACAAGGUAUAGCCGCGCACAGUUUGGUGAAAGACUUGUAAAGGAGCUCCUGGGCUUGGAAGACACCUCACCCUCCCAUUGAUGCAUUGUUCUUGGUGGCGUAGGCAGGGGGUGGAGCGUAAGCAGAAGAAGAUACCACACGUGGAACGGCAAAGCAAGGAACUUGUGACACCACCAGUGCUGUCCUUAUCCAAAAAUGCCAAGUGAUGCCAGUAGAGAGGUGGAAACUUUGUUCCUAGUAGCAGCUGGAUGUAAACGUGUCCUGCAGAACGUGCCACUGGAAAAGCUGACACAAAAUUGCAUAUGUGAAUGCCCUGUGGGAAUCUGUCCACCAGAAACAGACUUAAAUUAGUCAUCAUCUCAAUACUGUUGUUGAACAGGGUCAUGUUGUAAAGUUCCUCUUGGGCUAAGAGCUUGUCAUAAGCUGACAUAGCUCAGCAGUCCUAGGCGGGCAUUACAGAAAACUCUAUACCUUACUUGGAGUUAUUCAAUUCUGGGACAAGCAACGUAAGUCUGCACCAUGGGCUGUGAUUGAGAGUGCCUGCCAUCCUGUAAGGCAUCACUGCUGUCCUCCCAGUGUGCUAAACAAAGCAGUUCAGAUACACGAACACUGAAGCAAGCGUACCGACAAACAAAACCUUCACAGGCAGGCAGCCAGGAACUGAGGACCAGUUAAGAUUUUUGCUUUCUGUCUUUUUUUUCUUUCUUUGUUUUUUUUAUUAAUGUAAUGUAAGACAAUUUGAUCCCAGUUAGAACACAGCAAAAUUAGGGGAAACCAAAUACAUUAGUGAAUUUAAAAUAGAAAUACAUUACAUUGAUUUUCUUUUUUAACCAGGAUGAAACAUUUUAUACACAAACAAACAAUGAGUAAUACUGUAAGUAUUAACAGUGAGUAAAACCAGUAAGUAAUACUGCCUCGCAUUUUAACUGCCACAGUCAGUGUACAGGUGAGAAAUCAGAAUAUAACAAUUAUAUUUUUUCUUUAUUUCAACUGUAUUUUAAACGUUGCUUAAAAAUCUAAUGUAAUGGACUGUUAAGUUUUUAGGAACAACAGUUUCUUUCUUUUCUUUUGUAACUGUCAAGACCUUUUUGGUCCAUUUUAGAACUUAAUUUGGCACACAGUUGGCAGGAAAAAAAUAAGUCACUAAUAGCAGUGUGUUUCCCAUUAUCACUGCGGGGUGUUCUGUAGGAAUUCUUCUUGUUAGAAUUCAGGGCUUGUCACAGUAGCUGUAAUUAAGCAGAUUACGUGUUUAGCAAAAUAACAUAGCAUUGUGUUUUACAAAAAGAACGAAGUCCAGUUGCAACCAGACCUUAAACCUCACUAAAACAGAGCAAGCCCAAAGAGUUCUCCUGUUCUGAGUAACACUGUAGAGGACAAGCAUCGUCAUGAGCUGGUGCCCAUGGCUGAAACGCUACGUUUUGGUGCUGGGGGAAUCUGAAGGCCGCUGAAGCUUUGGAAAAUAAUGCCGAGAGAGAGAGGUAUGAUUGAAACAAGGGAGAAUUGAUACUGAGGUGAAAUACUACCCUGCCCUCUACACAUUACUGAUUUCAGUCCACAACUCGAUCAGCAAAAAACUCUGUAUUCUAAAGGUUAGCGGUGAUGGACACAAACAGAAUUGCAUUAACUUACAGGGCAGAAACCGUGUUGCUUAGAGGACCAGGUGGUUUUAGGUCCCCAAGCCUGAAAGGUUUUACCAAAGAAUGACUUGGGUUGAUUCAAGAGGAAGGGAGUGAUUGACUGAUUUCUUUAUCAGUGUAAACCUCACCAGGUUAUAUGUAUCUAUCUGGCAAGAGACAAUAGAGGGUAACCAACAUGAAUUUGAGAACUCCCCAGAUUUCAUCACUAUGUGAUGUGCAAGUGCAUAGCAUGUAAAUCAUAACAGAGGAAGAAUCCAGCAAGGGUUAGUAAAUUACUGACUAGCCCAAAGAGCACCCUUGCACCGACAUCUUGCUAUUUCUACCAAAGUCUUAUUUUUUUGGAGUAGACUUAGAGACAGAUCUCACCUGGUUGCAGGGAGAGUAAGGGGAUGGCCAACUCCAUGGUGGUUCUGCUUGCAAUACAGCCUGGAGACUGUCCUACACGUCCUGCUCUGCCUGCCAGCUGCAUGAUGUACAGCAGUGGGUUUCCUAAGCAUCCCUUUUCACUUCUCAGUCCACAAGGUCUCCAUCUGGGAAAUGUGUGAGAAAGCACAAAAUCUUGUGCAUUGAGGCCUCCUAGUCUCAAAAGGAAGGAGAGGGUUUGUACCACUCCAGUCCUUGGCAAUGCCAAGCUGCAUAGGAGCCCAAGGAUGAGUUCAAAACUUCUUGUCCCUGCAGAGAACUGAGACCACCCCUCUUCAGACUGAGUGUGUGCAGUAGCUCGUUCUUGGCAGUUUUUUAAGUAUUCAAAGGGGGAGAGGAGCUAGCAUGAAAAACAAAUGUUAAGCAAUAUAAGCCCACGGUUUCCAGUUUUCUUAGGAAACUCCACAGAGGUACCUGGAGGCAAAUAGUGUUCUUAGUGUUAGCUCUCUGCUUCAGACAAUGCCAGUCCUGUAAAUUUAUUUCGUUGUCAAAAUCGGGGCAGUAAGGAAAGGUCUGACUGGAACUUUGCUGAUGGAGCAGUUUGAAUAAACAGUAGCUGCUGGGAGUCCAGCUUCCUUGCAUUUCCCUGCAAUGCCGGAGGAUUUGCAAGAUGCACACGCCCCCAGCAGAGACGGCAAGGUUUGCAGGACCUCCGAGGAGCCACGUGGCAGUUCUGAGGAGGCAGCACAGCACUCCCCAGGUAUGUCGUAGCCCCCUGAGAUAGAUCUGGAGCCCUUGGCCAAUUGUUACGUUACUCUGUAUGCUUAAAGGCUUGGAUCUAGGCCAUCUCAUACAGUAAAAUGCCUUUUCUUUUUCAGGUAACAGUAGGUCCAAGGCCUUGGAAUGUUUCAUUUUCCACUAACGUGGGCUGUUAAUUAUGUGGAUUACUUGAGCUAAAAUCAUGAGGUCCUAGCUUUUUGCCUCAGGGACUGGGUCCUGAGUAGUUUUCCCUAGAAUUGGUGUUGACGGGGGAUUACACAGUGGCUGACUAUUACAGGGAAGAUGCUUUAGUCUCCUUUGUAAAGGAGAAAAAUGGAGACAAAAUUAUAGCUUUGCAAUGAAUUUCAUUUUUCUUAGCCUUAACCAUCCCUCAUCAUUUUGAACUGGUGCCCUAAACAUGCACAAACAUUCCAUAAAUAAGCAAAAAUAUUUAUAUAUAUUUAUAUGUAGAAAAUGCCUGAAUUUUGGCUCUUGAAGCCACAAGCAAAAGCCACCAAAGCAUAGUCUAUAUCCACAGAUGACUAUUCCACCUCAUCUUCUCCAUUUAUUGACUGGGAGUGGAUAGGUUUUGGGAAAGUUAAGAUUUCUCCUUGUUGAAAAAGCAUCUUGCACUUUCUCUACGUUACUACAAACGAGGCAAAGUAAUUAAGGAAGAAGCUGAAUCAUUUUUAAAAGUUUGUUAACUGCAGCUCAGCUUCUGUAGCAUUUCCUUUACUGCAAACUGGCUUACUGAGAUUUGGUUCCCCACCUGCUUGUAACGUUAAAGCUUCUCCCUAGUUAAAGGAAC